CUCUUUUCUCUUUUCUCUUUUCAUAGUUCCCCAUUUUUAACUCCAAGCAAAGAUACUCUUCUUCUUCUUCUCCAGAGAGUGAAAAGAAAAGAGGGUUUUUAGUUUAGUAAAGACAAUAAGGAGGAAUGUUAUCAAGUGACCUCCUCUGAUUCUCCAACCCCAGAAGAUUUAUAGAGAGAGAAAGAUGGGCGGUGUUACUUCAUCCAUGGCUGCGAAAUUCGCUUUCUUUCCACCAAACCCGCCAUCAUAUAAGGUAACUACGGACGAAGCUACUGGAAUUUUGCUCUUAGACCCUUUUCCACACCGUGAAAACGUCGACGUUUUGAAGCUUCCAACUCGCCGGGGAACGGAGAUCGUGGCUGUUUAUAUCCGAUACCCCAUGGCCACUUCUACGCUUCUCUACUCUCAUGGCAACGCCGCUGAUAUUGGUCAAAUGUAUGAGCUCUUCGUCGAGCUGAGUAUCCACUUGCGUAUCAAUAUUAUGGGAUAUGAUUACUCUGGUUAUGGACAGUCAUCAGGAAAGCCAAGUGAGCAGAAUACUUAUGCAGAUAUUGAAGCUGCAUACAAGUGUCUUGAAGAGACUUAUGGUGCUAAGCAGGAAGACAUAGUCCUGUAUGGCCAAUCUGUUGGAAGUGGACCUACCGUAGAUCUUGCUUCUCGUUUGCCUCAACUAAGAGCUGCUGUUCUGCACAGUCCCAUUCUCUCAGGUUUAAGAGUCAUGUAUCCUGUGAAGCGCACAUAUUGGUUUGACAUCUAUAAGAACAUUGACAAAAUCCCUCUGGUCAAAUGUCCUGUACUCGUAAUACAUGGAACAGCUGAUGAAGUUGUUGAUUGUUCUCAUGGAAAACAACUCUGGGAACUUUGUCAAGAGAAAUAUGAACCACUAUGGCUCAAAGGAGGAAACCACUGUGAUUUGGAACUCUAUCCAGAAUAUUUAAGGCAUCUCAAGAAAUUUAUAUCAAUGGUAGAGAAAUCGCCUUCACGAAGGUUUACUUCAAGAAGAAGCACAGAUCGUGUCGAACACUCCAGACGGAGUACCGACUGUUAUGAGGCUCCAAGAAAGAGUACUGACAGGAGGGAGAAACCAAGAAAGAGCGUGGACAGGCCUCCCGACAAGCUGAAAAUGAAUGAAUACAAGUUUAACAACAUUGACAAGCUAGAAAAAUAUAGACUCUCAUUUGAUCAGAUGGAGAGGUCAAGAAGAAGUGUGGAGUACCAUGAGAAAUCUAGGAGAAGUAUUGACCAACAGUUAGAAAAAGGACGGAAGAGUGUUGACUGGUUGGAUAGAAUUCGAGCUGCUUAAAACAAAACCAAAAAAAAAAAAGGAAAAAAAAGAACAAAUUUUUUUUCGUACAAGUUUGGUUCUUUGGGGGGAAAGUGGACAGAAAAAAAUAGUAACAGGGGGGUAAACGACAACAUUUUACAUGGGAUCUAACUUGUGUUUAUCAUGUUCAGCAAAAGGAAAAGAACAAAAAGUCACGGUUUCAGAAUGUGUUUCAUGUUGCUUUUGUAAUUUGUUAAAAUAACUCUUUCAUGGCUUGUAGAGUUUUAUUUAUUUAUUUUUUUAAUGGUGGGAUUUGUUAUUCUUGAUUGUUAAUUUGUUAGUGGAAAGAACUCUAACCUCUUAUGUUUCUCAUUUAUCGAAGGGAGUGAUACGAAAUCUCAUUGUUAAUAAACGUCACUUAUAGUUUAUAGUUUGAAAA